AUGGCCGCCGCCAGCGCGCCUCCCGGGCGCCGCGGCUCAGGGGGCGGAAGGAGGCCGCCGGCCGCCCGCGCGCGUCAGCCCCGCCGCCCGCCCCGCUGCGGCGCCGGCCCCGGCCUCGGCUGGCCCAGCGCCCCGCGCCCCCGCCGGCCCUCAGCCCCCGCCGCCGGCCCUCAGCCGCCCGGUCCUCAGCCCCCGCCGCCCGGCCCUCAGCCCCGCCGCCCGGCCCUCAGCCCCCGCCGCCCGGUCCUCAGCCCCCGCCGCCCGGCCCUCAGCCCCGCCGCCCGGCCCUCAGCCCCCGCUGCCCGGCCCUCAGCCCCCGCCGCCCGGCCCUCAGCCCCCGCCCGCCCACCGCCCGCCUCAGCCUCAGCCGCCCGGCCCUCAGCCCCCGCUGCCCGGCCCUCAGCCGCUCCCGCCCCGCCGCCCGGGGCCCGCCCCCCGCCCGGGGGUCCCCGCGUCCCCGCGUCCCCGCGUCCCCGCGCCGCCCGGAGCGCCCUGCGGCGGGGGGCUGUCGCGGCGCCGGCCCAUUUCCUGGCGCUCGGCCGGGCCCCCGCCCCUCGGGCGCCUUUGUUCUCCGCGGCUCCCGAGCCACCUGCCGGGGGGCGGGCGCGCGCCAACGACGCCCCGGGCUCCCCCGGGAGGCUGGGGCGGGGCACCCCCGACGUCCGACGGUGUGGCCGGGCCGGGACCAGCCCGCGCGCGGGGAAUGUGCGCGGAACGUGCUCCGUGCGGCCGCCCGCGACCCCCUGGGAGGCGGCCCGGCGCCCUCCCGACCCCCGCGGCCUCGGGCUGCUCGGCGCGGGCGGCCAGACCCCGCUCCUCAGGGCGCAGGGCGCAGGGCGCAGGACGCAGGACGCCGGUCGGCCGUGCGGGACACGACCUGAGGGCGCGAGUUCUGUUGGGACUGACUUCGUGGUCGUAGUUCCCAGACUCCUGCCGCCCACGCUAGGAUUCGUCACGCGGGAGGAAGGGAGCCUGCGAGGACCCGGCCCCUCGCUAGCGGCCGCCCGUUUCCCUGCUCACGGGAGCCAACGGCCUGGACCCACCGAAAAGAAACCAACAACGAUCGUCCUCGCUGAUCAGGGCCCUCGCUCGGACUCCAGACGGAGCGCACCGCUACGCGUACCCGCGUGUUCGGGAAGAGACCGAAGGCGCGACGCGUCCUACGACGGAACAUCUGCGUUCGCUCGUUGCCGGCGCCUUUCUCCCCCGCGCACUCGGUCUCCGGGUCGGACACGCGUCUGGACUCUUCGUUCCAAGCCACAAACCCUGGCGGAGCCCUUCAACGGCCACGGCAAGCCACGCCGCGCACUGCGGAGGCACCCGGCGGACACAGGCCCGGCCCGGGGCACCCGGCGGACACAGGCCCGGCCCGGGCACCCGCGGACACAGGCCCGGCCCGGGGCACCCCGCGGAUACAGGCCCGGCCCGGGGCACCCGGCGGACACAGGCCCGGCCCGGGGCACCCCGCGGACACAGGCCCGGCCCGGGGCACCCCGCGGGUACAGGCCCGGCCCGGGGCACCCCGCGGGUACAGGCCCGGCCCGGGGGCACCCCGCGGGUACAGGCCCGGCCCGGGGCACCCCGCGGGUACAGGCCCGGCCCGGGGGCACCCCGCGGGUACAGGCCCGGCCCGGGGCACCCGGCGGACACAGGCCCGGCCCGGGCACCCGGCGGACACAGGCCCGGCCCGGGCACCCGGCGGACACAGGCCCGGCCCGGGGCACCCCGCGGACCACGACCGAUGCUCCGGCUGGGGUGCCGGGAGGGGUCUGGGGCUCGGGCUGCGGCCUGCUGCGGCCUGCUGUGGCCUCCUGCGGCCUCCUGCGGCCUGCUGUGGCCUCCUGCGGCCUGCCUGCUGUGGCCUCCUGCGGCCUGCUGUGGCCUCCUGCGGCCUCCUGCAUCCUGCUGUGGCCUCCUGCGUCCUGCUGUGGCCUCCUGCGGCCUGCUGUGGCCUCCUGCGGCCUCCUGCAUCCGCUGUGGCCUCCUGCGCCUGCUGUGGCCUCCUGCCCUGCUGUGGCCUGCCUGCUGGCCUCCUGCGUCCUGCUGUGGCCUCCUGCGGCCUGCUGUGGCCUCCUGCCCUGCUUGGCCUCCUGCGUCCUGCUGUGGCCUCCUGCGGCCUCCUGCUGUGGCCUCCUGCGUCCUGCUGUGGCCUCCUGCGUCCUGCUGCAGCCUCCUGCUGUGGCCUCCUGCGUCCUGCUGCGGCCUCCUGCAGCCUGCUGUGGCCUCCUGAGGCCUCCUGCGUCCUGCUGUGGCCUCCUGCGGCCUCCUGCUGUGGCCUCCUGCGUCCUGCUGUGGCCUCCUGCGUCGCUCGCUGCUGCGGCCCUCCCUCCUGCUGUGGCCUCCUGCGUCCUGCUGUGGCCUCCUGCAUCCUGCUGCGGCCUCCUGCUGUGGCCUCCUGCGUCCUGCUGCGGCCUCCUGCAGCCUGCUGCCGGCGGCCCGGGCACAGGCCUGGCUAACCGUAGGGCCGCGCGACGGAAGGACAAAGGAGGGCAGCGGAGGCGGCCCGAGAGUGGAGGCCGAGCGGACGGCAGCAGAGCCGCGCACAGGCCCGGGGCCCCCGAGGAGUCGCACCCGACGGUGGGCAGAGGAGCCCAGCUCGGAAGGCCGCGGAGGAGAGCCGAGGCCGGGCCGGCGGGCACAGGACGGCCGCCCCGCCACGGUCCGCGGGAAGCCGAGGAUCCCCAGGCUCUCGCGGCGACGCAAGCCCUUGGCGGCGGAUGGAGCCCGCACGCGGCACCUCCCCGGAUGCGGCGCCCCCGGGGGCGGCUCCACCCCGCCCCCCCCCCAGGAGGGCCCCGGGGGGCGUGGAGGGGCGGGGCUGCGGACGGGGAGGCGGUUAGUUGGUCGCGGGCGGGGAAGGGGGAGCGAGGGCAGAGCGGAGGGGACCCCGAGGCCCAGCGCAGGCGGCGGCAGGCACGGCGCGGCCGCGGGAAGGCCCGGGGCUCCAGGGAGGCCGCCGAGCGCCUGGUUGUUCAUCACCCCCGGAAUCCGGCAAGUCAGGAAGGUCGCGCUUCCCCCGAGCACGGGCUUGUCAUCCCUUCUGUGGGCCCGGUUCACGGCUGUGAACUCCCAAAUUGA